CGCGAAUCCAAGUAGCGCAGGAAGCAAACCAACAAGGGGCGCGGGGACGGCGGACCAAAGCAAGGGAAGCCAAGGAGGCGUGCGCUGCGUAUGCCCAUCCCGUAGCCGCCCGUGAACUAGGUGCAGGCGUGCAGCGGAGAGAGAAACCACGAUUCUCUAUCUCCUCCCGCUCUCUUGCCCCAAACCCUUGCCCCCAAAUCAUGGAAUUCGCCCGCCGAGCCGCCGCUCGGGCCAACGCCGACGACAUCGACGGCAUCCCCAUCCCACCUCCGUACGCAAAGAUGACGGUGGAGGCGCUCCGCCAGGAGCUCUUGCAAGAGGAUAUUCGCCAGCAAAUCAUUGUGGCCGAACUGGCCGAGCGGCGGAAGCUGGAGGCUGAGUUUGAGCGCGAACGCGGCUUGCACGGUGACUUGGGUGCAAGGCUCCCGCAGAUCAUAAUGCCUCACCGUGACACAUCCCCUCUGCCGCUUGUGACAACGGCGCCGAAGCCCCGACGGUCCGUUAAAGAUCGCAUUGAGGAAUGGUAUCAACCUCCAUGGCACAGGAGGGCUGAGGAGGUGGAUGUGUCAAUUGACGCGGCUGGGCUGCACACAAAGACACUCUCUGGGGUUAAGAGGAAACGCACUGCAGAAACCUUGUUGUGGGUUUGCAGCAUCUGCAACGUAACAUGCCAUCGUGAGACAGAUGUACAGAGUCACCUAAGAGGCAGAAGGCACCAAGAGGAGACAGAAAACCAGCAGAGAGAAGGCAGGGAUAUUGAAGCAAAGCUGCAUGAAAAGAAAGCACCCCAGCUUGCUGACAAGAACCAGAAACCUGUAUCAAGAUGGAAGUGCGGCAUCUGCAACGCAAACUGCACAUCUAAAUCUGACCUGGAGAGUCACCUUCAAGGUAGAAGGCACCUAAAGAACGUAGAAAACCAGCAGAGAGACGGCAAAGAUAUCGAAGCAAAGCCGCAUGAAAAUAAAGCAUCCCAGCUUGACAAGAACCAGAAACCUGCUUCAAUAUGGAAGUGCAUCAUCUGCAACGCAAGCUGCUCAUCUAAAUCCGACCUGGAGAGUCACCUUCGAGGCAGAAGGCACCAUUGGAACAUACAAGCCCAACGCUUGGAAGGCAGUAGUUGAGAUGUAGUUGCAGAAAGCAGUUCAAAACUUAAGCGAGGCAUAUCGAAAGAAUUGUAAUCCGCAGUCUUUCGGGUCUCCUGAGUUUUGACAUUGUGAGGUGAAAUUGCACAUUCAUUUUUUGGGCUAACUGCUACAGUACUGUUAUAGGACUUGUUACUUGUUAGGCUAGGCAGAGCCAUGCUAUGACUUGACAACUAUUUGUAGUUCAAGGAAGAGAAGCUUAUACUUCCAGUUUGGGACUUUGCACA